GGGUUUAAUAGGCGUGGUUAGCAAAAACACCACGCCUUUUUAAAACAUGGAGGUUGAUGAGGAAACUUUUCCAAGCAAAAAGAAAAUACACGUCAAUGCUGCUUCUCUAGUUGACUUGAAAGCUGCUUUAUAUCGGAAACAACAAGAAGCAAGGAAUUCAGCACUAGGAGGUAACCUUAGCACAGCAAAGACCACACAGAAUAAAAGGAUCUCUGACAAAACAGCCUCAAUAUGGCGUCGGGAUCCUAAAAAACCACAAAAAGGUGCUCAGUCAAAAGGAGGCCGUAACUCCGCCCCUUCCUCCUCCUCCUCUAAAUUAACUCCAGAGGAAGAAGCAACUCUUGCUAAAUCAAGAGUUGUUCUUGAGGCUAAAGCGAAACUUUACGACAGAUUAGCAGCUGGAAGCGACGAUAGUGAUGAUGAUGAUGAUGAUGAUCCGAGAUACAUGGUUGAUUUUCAAAAGAAAUUAGUUCAAAUAAGUAAAGAUAAGAAAGGAUCUAUACAGACUAGUAGUGCAGCCAGUGAUAAGAAAGAAGAGAAGAAAGAUGAGGAAGUGAAAGCAGAGAACAGUGAUGAAGAAUGGGUUGAAUACGUUGAUUCUCUUGGUCGAUCAAGGCGCUGCAUGAAGAAAGAUUUAAGUGAAAUGCAAAGACUUGAUAAAGAAAUGGAGAGUGCUAGAAAUACCAAGAGAGAUAAAUCAAGGUCUCCAACUCCAGAGCUCUUAUCAGCUGAUAUGAGACAAGAGAGGGAGAGAGUCGAGUGGGAGAGAAACGCUUUUAGAGAAACAGGAGGCCAUGACGAACCUGAAGAAAUCAAACCGGUUGGACCAGUUCACUACCAAAAUGUGCAACACAAUGAGGUGAGAUCUCACGGCGUUGGCUAUUACUCGUUUUCUGUGGAGGAAGAGAAAAGGCAGGCACAACUUAAAACUUUAAAUCAAUUACGAGAUGACACUAUUGACAAACGUGCUAAACGUGAGCAGUUGAAGGCAAAGCGUCAAGCUAUACUCGAAGCAAAACUAGCUCGAGUUAGACAGAGGAAACUGAAGCAAGGAGGAGGCGAUGAUGGAGGGAAACCGUCGAUAGAUAUUGCUGACUUUGAUUUUGAGUCAAGGGAGAAGAAAAUGAAAGAGAAAGAGACUAAAGAUGCUGAUAGUUUGCAGGUAAAAUUAGCUAAUGAAGUUGCUAAAGCUAGAGAGAGAGCUGAGGAGGAUGAGAGAGCUAAGCAUGUCAGACCCUGGGACAGAGGGAAAGUUACUGAUCCUAUUCGAAAGAGGAAACAAGAAUUGAGAGAAGAAAGACAAAGUGAAUUUGCUCCUCCGACUUUGUACAAGAAAUUAAAAGAUACAACCACCUGGACCCAUCCUCCUCCUCCCCCUCCCCCUCCCCCUCCUACUACUGAAGCUGAUAAUUCCAACAAUCAGCCAUUAUAUCCAUAUCCUCCUUAUCCCCCUCCCCCUACUCUUCAAGGUGGAGUUAUGUACAUUCCUCAGUUUGUUCCUACUUUUAUGUACCCACCACCACCACCUCCUCCUCCUCCUUCCUGAAUUACAAAUAAUUAAUUAAGCAUUAUGUGUAUAACCUGUGUAUAAAUAUUAAAGCACAAUAGCAUUAUUGUAUAAAUCAGCAAA